CGGACAAGGGACGCAUGCGCAGAAGACGUGGCAGCCUGCGUGAGGAGUGAGGAGGUUCCGCUGCGGGUCGGGUGAGUUGGGGGCCGCCGACAUGGACGAGGACAUUUUGACUACGCUGAAGAUACUCAUCAUCGGCGAGAGCGGCGUCGGCAAGUCCAGCCUUCUAUUACGAUUCACAGAUGAUACAUUUGAUCCAGAACUUGCAGCAACGAUUGGUGUUGACUUCAAAGUGAAAACAAUCUCAGUUGAUGGAAAUAAGGCAAAGUUGGCAAUCUGGGACACAGCUGGUCAGGAACGGUUUAGAACACUAACACCAAGUUAUUACAGAGGAGCGCAGGGUGUUAUACUAGUUUAUGAUGUCACGAGAAGAGACACUUUUGUUAAACUGGACAACUGGCUCACUGAAUUGGAAACAUAUUGCACAAGAAAUGAUAUAGUUAAGAUGUUAGUUGGAAAUAAAAUAGAUAAGGAAAACAGGGAAGUUGACAGAAAUGAAGGACUCAAGUUUGCACGGAAACAUUCCAUGUUGUUCAUCGAGGCAAGCGCAAAAACCUGUGACGGAGUGCAGUGUGCUUUCGAGGAACUCGUUGAGAAAAUCAUUCAGACUCCUGGACUGUGGGAAAGUGAGAGCCAAAACAGAGGCCUAAAGUUGACAAACCAUGAAGAAGGGUAUCAAGGAAGUGGCUGUUCGAGCUACUGUUCUAUGUUGUAAACUCCCGAAGACUCGUCUGUCGGCUUAUUUAACUGAAUAAUGAUGCCCUUUGUACAUAAAACUCAUAUCUGCUAUUUUAGGGACCUUGCAGUUUGCACAUAUUUGUUGUGUCAUGGCAGUGAACAUUUUUUUAAAGGAAAAUGUGGUCUGCAGCUUUUCCAGUUGAGAAUUGUUAUGAUAAGCAUGCCUAAUUUGCAAACUUUCAGGUUCUUUUGUAAGUGGCAUAGGUUUCCUUUUCGGGAACAAAUGCACUCAAAUUCAGUGACCUUAAUGAUCACGGGACGACUUUGGAAAGCCAUCUCAAAUACAUUUUGGCUGCAUUCUGCCCGACUUUGGUCUUUAACUCUGACCUAUAGCACUACUACAGACACAUCUCUGAAGUGGGUAUUUUUUGUAGGCUUUGCACAUUUCAUGGCAAAUACUUUUCUCCCAGCGUAACAGCACAACACAAACAUCCUCUUUUUAGCCUUAAAGAGCCAUUUCUCGCUUGUAACUAAUCACAAUUAAAGAUUUGUGCUUUUGGGAGGGUGCUUCUAAAGUUAUUCAGUUUUAAAAUCCUCACUCAAGUGAAUAGUUGCCUGAAGGAAGUUUUAACCCUGAGAGAGUUAUAAUUACAUUCAGCCACACUAUUGUUUUUAUGAUGUCGUGUGCUUUGGACGUACAGGAGCAUUUAUUUUCUUUUUGGUUAUAAGGGCUUGACUGUUGGGACUCUUCUUGUAAAUCAGACUUUGAAUGCUUCUUUCUAAGCGUUGAUUACUUUGAUUUCAGCAAUUCACUGUUGCACAUUCAUGGAUGACAGACCUGAAUUGGAUGUCUGUUCUCUUUGUGGCUGUUAGUCCUGAAGCUUAAAUAAUGUGUACAAUCUGUGUUCUGGAUGUGUGUAAAGAAAGUGCUCUCUUGUAUUUUGGGUUUGCUGUUGCAAACAGCUGGCGGUGGGCUUUAUUUCAGAGAACUUGUAUAGAUGGAUCUUUUUUUUUCACAGUAUUCAGUGCUUUCUAACAUCCUCUUCAUGUAUAGGUGAAUUUUGUAAGGCACAGCUUCAGAACGACCUCUGGAGCCUCGUUGACCUUGCAACAGACGACACUGAUGACUGCAAGUACAAACAGGGUGCCGUUUUGUUGCACAUUAGGAGCUACGGCGCAGCUUCCUGUAAAUAGAUAUCCUGAUGAGAUACCUUUAUAAUAUUGCAACUCUUUUGUACUCUGCGUACAGUCUUUAGUCUUUCACAGGAACGUUGACAGCUGCAUUUUGCUUACAAAAAAAAUCUUUUCACCUUUUACACUUGUGAGAAAAUGUGAUCAAAAUUUUGAGAAGUUAAAACAUGAUAGCUGUUUUUAAACAAACGUUGUACCACUAGAAAUGUAAGUAAAAACUCUGUAAAUAAAUAUUAACACACUUCAUGUGA